UAUAACUACAAAGUAUUUAGAAGUAUAUAAAUGCCUUCGAUUGUUAUUUUGCACUAUUGGUAUAUAUAUAUUGAUCACUAGACUAGACGAACAACAUCCAUUUUAAAGCAAAAUUAUUUUAUCAGCUUUGAUAUAGGUAAUUUCAUGCCAGUCAUUUGAGGAAACCAAUUAAUUUAUUAACUAAAAGAACAAAUUCUUGUUCUUUUAGUUUAAAUAAACUAAGGAAUUAUGACAGAAUCUCUUAAAGCUGAUACUUCAUGAGCUUAUAAUCUCAAGGUUGAAUAUCUUCGGCGCCACUCUCAUUUGUUCUCAUUGUGUUUUACCCCAAUAUCUUGCAUUCUGCAUAAAAAAGAGAGAAAUAGCAAGAAGUCUAUUUAACAUGAAUUAACUUGAAUUUUAAAAAUUCAUUUUUGAACUUACUUGGAAUGGAGUCCUCUAAGAUUGCUUUUACAAUUGGAGUUGUAUUAAAUACGAUUGUGCAUUUUUGAGAAACGGCUAUAAUUUGAUUAUCAUUUUGAAGUUUCAAGUCUAAAUUUUUUGGUCUAAAUGGAAGAUAAACGUUUAUUACACAACCUUGAAGAAUGCUCAGAUAAUGACAUUCUCAAGAAAGCUCUACUUCAUUAUAGAGAAGCGGUUGAAUCUGAGAAGCAAGGUGAUAUUGGCAACUCUUUAAACAGAUAUCGUCUGGCUCAUAAAGUUCAUGAGGACGUAGAGGUGAUUUAUCGUCGAAUAGAGCGCUUAGCAAUUCAAAAUAAUAAGGAGCAGAACGAAGAAGAUCGUAGGUUACUUUCUGAAAAAGAAAUAAAUAAUAGCAGUGAAGAAGAUGAGCUAUCAAAUGGUUUAACUCAGCUCUCCGUGGCACCUCCUUUCAUACUCAAACUUCCGGAUGAGGUCUUGCUUCUCAUAGUGGAGCAGUGUUUUGAGAACUUGAAUGACUUAUCAAAUCUUCCUCGUAUAGCACGAAGUUGCAAAUUACUUGCAAAAGCGUGUCGAGCAGACUCUCUUUAUCGCCGAUUUUGUUAUUUUAGUUACCAACUGAACGAAUGGCAACAAACAAAAGAAAGUAUAGAGGAGGAGCUAUCUUCUACAUAUCAUCAAAGCUGGAAGGAGAUGUAUUUAAAAAAACCUCGAAUUCGAUUUGAUGGCUGUUAUAUUUCAGUUUGCAGGUACUUUCGCCCGGGAACUAGUGAUACCAGUUGGAAUCAACCUAUCCAUUUAAUAUCUUAUUAUCGUUAUCUUCGAUUCUACCCGGAUGGAACUUGUAUGGUUUUCCGAAGCAAUACGGAACCGAAUCUCAUUGUUCGAACCUUCGGUAGGCACCAAUCUUCUUUUUUCGUACCUUCUUCUUCGAAUCCUGCUUUUAGUAACGGAGAAGUUGCGUGCAUGGCUACAUGGUCUAUGUCUCCGGCUGGCCAACUUUUGCUUUCACAUCCCGCUGGCGGGCGGGCCUAUACAUACGCGCAAAGCUUGCAAGUUAAAGGAAAGCGUUUGAAGUGGGUUUCUUUUUAUGCCGUUGACAAUGAAAUGUUUGAGACGAGUGAAUUUCCUUUAACACAUCAUCGUGACUACAUUUUCUCCCGUGUCUACAAUUAUACCUCAGAAAAAGUUGAGCCAUAGGUAAAGAAGUAGGUAUACUUUUGUUCUUCACCCGAGCAUUAUUGAUCGUGAAUUUCAAGAGGUCGCAUUAUAAAGUUGGCGAUAGACUUAAAUGGCUAUAAAUUUUACUAAUGAAAGCUAGAGAUAAAACUAUACUAUUUAGGAACAAUAGCAUAGCAACUAAUUAUGAUUAGAAGAGUAAAUUUCAUAGUGCGUAAUACAUAAACAAACGGGCAUAAACGAAAUAAAAC